UUCUGUCGCCCCGGGCAACGGCAACAACAAGCCUGCUCCUGCUUGGCUCCGGGGCUGGGGUGGGACCAUGGCCGGUCCGACCCUAGCUCCGCGCCAUGGUCCCCCGUGGCGCCCCAUCUCUGGGACCGAGAUGCCUGGGUGCUGGCCCAGCUGGCAUCUCACCAGCAGUGGCGUCGCCCACCACUUUAUCCCAUCCGUGCCCUUUACCCCGCCCACUGUGCAGUCCACGGUCGCGGAGCCCCUGCCCCCGGCCGCAAAGCAGGACUUGCACAUCUGGGCUUUCGACGAGGUCAUCAGCAGAUGGGAGACGACCUCCGGCUCGGCUCACGCGCCCAAGACCCACGGCGGGCCCUACGCGCAGCCCAAGGCCGCAGAGCCUGCUGACCCGACGCAGACUGUGGGGAUCAAGGACUUAGGGGAAAAGCUCAGACACCGCGGCUGGCGCCUCCCUCUGAUCACAAAGCACCAGUGCAGCGAGACGAAGGCGCAGUACACCGGCUGGCCCGGCCUGGACCAGAGCGCCACCUUCUACGUCGGGCACCAGCCCCUGGAGCUUGCGGACCGCCACCGCGGGGGCCAGUCCCGGGUAGCGGGGUUGAAGGCCGCGCCGACAAAAAGCCCCGACCUGGCCGGCCGGCUUUUCCCAGUAUCCGACCAGGCCAUCCUGGACCGCCAGCAGCUCUAUUUGACCACCUCGGCACGGGACUUCCGGGCCUACCCGAAGAAGGAGUUGUCUAGAUAUCGCCGCAAUGACUCGCUGACCUCCUGGACCUUCGAGGAGACGCCCCAGGCCUAUCCGUGCUCCUCUUGGCCGGCCCGGCCACCGGAGAUCCGCGUGCCCCGUGUCCGCCCGGUGACGCCAGCCGUGCCGCACCGCGGAGCGUUGCCUCUGGCUCAGGAGUCCUACGGACCCCCGCUUCACCCACUGCGCCGGCUCGACCGUUUCUGCCCGCUGGAGCUGCCGUGGGGCGGCCUUCACUGGAAGCCCGUGCCGGGCAUCCACAGCGUGCCGCAAGCCUACCGCACCGAAAACUCCCGCUACGGCAGCUUGAAGCCGGCGCUUGCCUGAGCCGGGCGCGCUAGCCCCGCCCCGGACACGCCCCCUGGGCGGGGAGAGCGGGGGCCUAGAAGACCACGACACGGGCGCGGUGGGCGGGGCUAAAGGUCGGAGCCCCACCCACCACGUGGGGGCGGGGCAGACCGGGCACGCCCACUCCGCUGCGGGGCCUGGGCUGAGCCGGGAAAACUAGCUCGGCUCGGUGGGCCAGCGGGCGGGCCGCGCCGUCGGCGGCAGAGCGGGAGAGCUUACUCAAUGAGAGUUAAAGAACCUAUAACCGCACUCUGCUGAGUUCGGCUCCGGCAUCCUGGCUUCUGGGGGCCUAAGUGUGGGGGAGAUCGGGCUCCCGCUGAGGCCCUUGUGGAGGGGGGGCGCGUCUGGGUGCAGGCAGCCCCCCGCCUCUGAGCACAGAACCCCAUAUUGAAGCCAUGCCCCUCCUAAGGUUGGACUUUGGCACAGGAAUGGCUUUCAGUUCACGGCUGGUGGAGCGUGAACCUGAAGCUUCAGCCCAUCUCCAUUUGAGGGUCGUCGGAGGGGCGAGCUCCAGCCUCCCCCUGGGUUCCUCCAGGCCCGGCUACACGGUGUGGGGCACGGCAGAGGGCUUCCUAUACCUUACUUCAUGUGUCCCCAGCACGACCUUUCUAGCCCCUGCGGACUGAGUCUGCGAAGUUGGUCUCACCUGGGUGUCUCCUGCUUUAAGGCGCCUAGCCACUCAGCGAGUGGGGGGAGGGGUUGCUCCAGGGAGCCACUCCUGCACCUCCCUGACCUUGUCCGCCUCUCGCCCCCGGGGGGAUUAGUGUCCAGGUUACCCUGCCAUGCGGGCAUGCCCAGUGGCCUUGCCUCCCCCACAGCCUGCGGGUAUAAGACCAGUAGUAUAAGACCAGGGUAAG